CCUGCAGCCGCGUGGGUCUCCCAGUCUCCGCUCCCCGCGGGGCACGGCCUUCCGGCGCGGGCCGCCCCGGGCUGUCCCUGUCCCUUAGAGGAGGGGCCAGGUCAGCCUGCGGCUGCGCGGGGCCGUCCGCUGAGAGAAGGGUGUUCCUGUCUCGAAGGGCGGCGCAGUCGGUCGCGCCCUAAGAUGUGACUUGGGGCCGCCGCCGGCUGGACCAUGUUGGCCUCGCUGGAAGCCAUGGCCCUGGUGCUGGUGGCCGGAGCGUGGCGGGGGUCACUCGCAGCCGCAGAUGGAAAAAGUCAAAAGGCUCCUGAGACUGUGGAGGUCUCCAUCAUAGAUGAUGUCUUUACCCUGCAGUGGAACGGGAGCCAGGAGUCUGUUGGGAAUGUGACUUAUUCAGCAGAUUAUGCAACAUCUGAGAUGGAUAAUUGGAUAAAAUUGCCAGGAUGUCAGCAUAUCACAGGUUCAAAAUGCGACUUCUUUCCACUUAUAAAUUUUUAUGAAGAAAUUAAAUUUCGUGUAAGAGCAGAAGAAGAAAACAGCACUUCUUCAUGGUAUUACGUUGACCCAUUUAUACCAUUUCAGAAAGCUCGGCUUGGUCCGCCAGAAGUACGAUUAGAAGCUGAAGAUAAGGCAGUAAUAAUAUACCUCUUCCGUCCUGGAAAAAGAGAUGGUACUUCUAUAUGGGAUAUGGAUGCUCUAAGCUUUGAAUUCAGCUUAGUUUUCUGGGAAAACUCUUCACAUGGUGAAGAACAAGAGAUCAAGACUAAUUUUUACAUAAGUAAAAUGUAUGACCUCUCAACAGAGACGACUUACUGUUUAAAAGCUAAAGCAAGACUAUCUUGGAAAGUUAGUGCCUAUAGUCCAGUGUAUUGUAUUAAUACUACAGCUGAACAUAAGCUGCUUCCACCAGAAAAUGUAACAUUUGGUGCUCGAAAUCAGAGCUAUGUCCUGACAUGGGAAUACAGAGAUGUAAAUGUGACCUUUCGAGCUCAGUGGCUCCAUGCCUUUUCAAAACUGACUCCUUGGGACAAUUCAAAUGAAUGGAAACAAAUACCUAACUGUGAAAAUGUCAGAACUACAUACUGUGUAUUUCCUCAAAGUGUUUUCCAAAAAAAAGAGUACUAUUUCCGAGUGCAAGCAUCUGAUGGAAAUGACACAUCUUUCUGGUCUAAAGAGAAAGCAGUUCAAACUGAAAUGUACUCUACCAUACUUCCUCCAGUCGUCUCCAUGAAAUCCACUAACGAUUCACUGCAUGUCUUUGUCAAAGCACCCAAGAAACAAUUUGACACGUUCACUUAUGAAAUUAUUUUGUGGGAAAACGCUUCACAUACCGAAAGAAAACUUGUAUCAAAAAGAUCUGACAUUAUUAUCCCUGGCUUGAAACCACUGACACCGUAUUGCAUCAAAGCCAGAGUGCUCCUGCAGGACAAGUGGAAUAAAACCAGCGUCUUCAGUGCUGUGGUGUGUGAGAAAACAAAGCCAGGAGCUGCUGCUUCUAUUCCAUGGGUAAUACCUGUAAUUGUCAUCCUACUGUUAGCCGUCAUAGCGUUUUGUGUUAUGAAACUCCUUUGGAAAUGUUUCAACUAUGUAUUUUUUCCAGUAUUUAAGCCUCCAUGCAGUAUUGAGCAUUUCUCUGAACAGCCAUUUGGGAAUCUUCUGCUUUCUACUUCUGAGGAACAAACUGAAAAAUGUUUCAUAAUAGAGAAUACACAAAGUGUUAUCAUAGUAGAGGAACCUGAGGAGACUGAUGAGGACUACAGGAAGUACAGUUCCCAGAGCAGCCAAGAUUCAGGAAACUAUUCAAAUGAAGAUGAAAGUCUGGGAAAUCAGAUCAGCGAAGCGCUUUUGCAGCUGAAACCCCAAGCUCUCAGUUGCCCCGGGGAGCUCGUCCUGGGCCUGAGCUCUCUAGGACUACACAGCAGCUGAUCACUUGUGGGAAAAGGAGGACCCGCUUCAGGUCCCAGUUCCUGACCAGGCAGUCAAGCACUCAUCUAGCAAUUUGGUCAGUGCCAAGCACAGUCACCGUCCUGCCAGUGAUGGCUUCGACUCACUGUGCUGCAUUCUGUGGCUGCGAAGUGUGUGUGGGCUCCCCCGGCUAGCUGUCACUCAGCUGCCGCUCUGCUGUGUUCUCCAUUCCAAGCCUGGGUGUCACUUGCAGGAGAUACUUAGGACAUGUGGUCCUUCAUUAACAUUUUGGUGUGCCCCUGAGAAAUGAGUUGAUAAGAAUCGGAAUACUGUUAUCAAUUUGGUUUUCUGCAGAGUAGCCACAGAUGCUUGAAAAAUCUAGAGCUGGACUCAAGUGCCAGAGUGCUUUAAUAGUGUGCACAGAGGCAUAGGUUCAAUCCCCGUUUCUGUGGGGAAAAUUAUAUAUUUAAAAAAAUAUGUAUGUAUGUACAUAUGUAUGUAUUUCCCCAAAAAACAGGCUGGGACCUGUAAAGCAGCCUCCCCUGUUCUUCCGAAGUUGGGCGUUUGUGGCAGUGUCCUGCGGCCCUGUGACUGCCUGACAGAGGCUAUGUUGCGUUCCUAGAGUGGCAGGUCUGUGAGAGACCAUGGGCCCCGCUUUGUCACCCUGGUGACGCCAGCACAUGCUAUGGGGCUACUGCACCCAGAAGGUGCUCAGAAAGUCAAGGUGAGUAAGUGGGAUCAGGGUGGCACAGGUGUCCAUUUCUGACAAUGUGUGUUUGUGUGCUUGGAUUACUGAAGGACACAGCCGUGUUUUCAGUGUUUCUGUGCAACAUAUCUAUGUCUUUUUGUGUUUUUGUCUUAAAUUUUUACUGUUGUAAACAAUUUUUAUAAUAAACACUAGACCUAAAAUUCUUCA